AUGGUUGCAGAGGAGGCUAUGACACCGAAAGACAACCAUGAGAUAAUUGAUCCGCUACAAGGACAGUCCAAGUGUCACCCAGACGGGAUCAAGGUCAAAGAUCGGGAGGUUCAUGGCCAGUCUACACGACUAGAUGACGACGUGAAAGCUGUUACGAUCGACGGCGAAGUAAUGGAAAAUGAUGUACCGGAUGAAUCAACAUACUACCACGAGGAAGGUGAACUGUUCACGGAAGAUGUGAAAUAUCACACGGCUGUGCUGAUGGAGGUAAUAAUAUCCACGACCGAGAUAACUAUAGACGAUGUCCAGGUUGGCGACCCUGGAAUGCCCUUGACAGAGGAUCAAGAUGAAUUGCGACGACUGAUAUGGAAGAGUCGUCACCUGUUGAUCGGGAAAGGAAAUGCAUUACCCCCUGCAGCACGCGAAGCCGUUUGUGAUAUUAAUGUGGGAGAGGCGAGGCCGAUCGCUCAGCGUGUACAAUCUGUUGCGCCAAAGUUUCGUGAGAAGUUGGCCGAUCUGAUAAAAGGCAUGUUGUCAGCCAAGAUUAGCCGACCUUCGACAUCGCCAUGGCAUCACCAAUAA